AGGACAGAGGGAGGGGGAGUGUAAUGACUGAAAACCCUGCCUCCCAGAGAGUGAGAGGAGGGAGCCACUCUGAGCGCCGCUGACAUUCCCAACAAGCAUUGCAGAGGAGAAACUGUGUGUGUGAAACCUCCAGAAGAACCUUUAACAGGAUAACUCGCACUCUGAGCGUUGGCUGCAGGACAGAAGGCUGCUUUCACUGUCGGGCCGGAAAAGAAGAAGAGCAGGAGGAGAAAGUGGUUCCCAGGUCAGUUUGGUUCUUCCAGAGGGAGACAAGAAGAAAAGUUAAAAGUAGAAGAAGAAAAGACACCGACAUGUCCAACGCUCUGCUGAGGAGAAACUCCAGCAAACAGGGUUUACAAAAUCUGAUGAGGCUGACAGCUCAGAGGAGCAUCGAGGAUGCUGAGGAGGUGGAGAGGGAGCGUCGCCAAAGAGCUCGAGAGGCUUUACGUCAAAGCGACAGCGGCUCGAUGCCCAGAGAGUCCUCACCGGACAGCGAGACACCGGCAGAGGAGAACAUGUAUGAGAGCGAGCUGAAGCCGUGCAGCUCUCUGUUUCUGGAGGAAGAUGAGGGCUUCAGUGACUGGACUCAACGUAGAGAUGGACCGAGGCAGCAGUGCCUGCAAGUGCUCGGCCAGGGAGCUAAGGAGGGCAAGGACGUAGAGGAGGACACAAUAAACAAACCCAUACCUGUAAAGACUGCCCAGGCCUCCAUCUGGUCUACAGACAGGCUCCAGAGACAUGAGGAGGACACAGACGGGGCUGAGAUGGAGAGGAGUAAGGAACGUGAAGAGGAGGCGAUCCGAGCUGAAAGGUCAAGGAGGAAGGAGGAGGAGGUGAUGACCAGAAGGAGAGAGGAGAUUCAGAGGCCAAAAGCAGAGGCAGAGAAAAGAAAAGAAGUUAAAGUCUCCUACACAUCCAGGAUUUUCCUUAAGCACGAGCCAAAACACAGCAGCUCCAACGAAGACACAACCAGCAAGGAAGUAACGACACACAUCAAGACGAAAGGAUCCACCAGUUCCUCCCCCGGUGUGUGCAGCAAAGCUGUGGAGCCAGAGGAGGUAGAGGCCAUCUGGGAGACGGAGCAGCGUCUGGAGAAGAUCCGCCGGAGCCUCCAGGUGAAGGAGAACCAGGAGCUGGAGCAGCUGAGACAACGACAAGCCGAGGCCGAGCAGGAGUUCGAGGAGCUGAAAAGGAGGCGGGAGGAGAGACGCCGACUGCGGGAGGAAGAGGAACAACGCAGGGAGGAGGAAGAGGAACAGCGUCUGGCCAAAGAGGAGGAGGAAAAGAGACGGAUGAAGGAGGGCAUCGAGAAGAGGAGGAUGGAGGCGGCAGAGAGGAUGAAGAGCCUGAGUACAUCCAGUGCAGAAGGAGAUGAGCUGUUCAGUCCCAGAGCUCCCACACACAAGAUCUCGGAGAGUCAGCUAACAGUGGUCGUCAGUCUGCCAGAGGGAAACACUCUGGGUGUUUUGUGGAUUGUUAACAGCUUUAAGAAGACGCAGCAUCUCGUCCUGCUGUCCAAGAUCGACGACAAGCUGGAGCAGUACACGCACGCCGUGGAGAUGCAGAUUGACGAUCUAAACUCUGGUGUGUUCUGCACAGACGUUCUCACUGACACAAAGGGCAAAGAGCGGCUCUGA